AAUUGCAUACACAGGCUGAUCUCUAGAGGCACUGGAGGGAAGAAGACAGAGUAAACAUUUCUCAACACGGAUCCUCCCUUCCGUUGGAAGUGCUUGCGCAAGGGCUGAACCAACAUUCCUAAACCCGACAUUUAGCAAAGUAAUUGCAGCAGAGAACGACUUCUCUGGGGCCUCUGUUUUCUCCAGAAAUGGCCACUACAGUAACAGAAUGUGGAAAUGUGAGGAUCGUCACACAAGUCAUUCAGCAGAAAGACCCAUUGGCAGCAGAUGCAAUCAGAGAGCCAAUGUCAUCUCCUACCGCAUCACAGCUCACAUCAUCCCAGCCCAAAAACUUCAUAAAUACGCUGCCCAAGGCACUUGGGGUUGUACAGAUUGUCUUGGGGGCUACACAGAUUAGUUUUGGUAUUGCCCUGACAGUAGCACAAGAAGACUUCAAGAAACUCACUGUGAACAGCGGGGUCUACUUCUGGAUUGGAAUCUUGCUCCUGUUCUCUGGGGCUUCCUUGGUGGAAAUGGAGAAACGAGAGUAUCCAUGGCUGGAGAAACUGUGUUUGUUUGUCAACUUGCUGGUCAGUGGAGCUUCAGUAAUAGCAAUAAUUCUUCAUGGUACUGAGAUUGGAAAGGAGACUGAAAAAGAAGACCCCUGUGAUGAAAUGGACAGAUAUUAUUGCUCUAAUGCUGGAAAGAUACUUUUGUAUGGUCUGAACUCAGUGUUCAUCAUCCUUUCACUGCUUGAACUGGCCGUGUCUCUCACUGCUGUGGUGAUUAUCGUCAGAUCUACAAGACAGAAGUUCUACAGACAAAUGGUGUCAACAUAGAAAAGAGGUCUCUCUCUCUACUCUGUCACACCAUUUGCAACAGCACUGAGUACAAAACUAAAGGUUUUCCUUAUCUGAAGCUACACAGCUGUGAACUUCUUUCAUACACUUUACCUUUCCCAGAUGGACUCCAGUCAUCAAAAGAAACCAUUUCGGCAUUGUGAUAAAGUUCUGUUGUUCAGAGAAAACAACUCCAUGCCAGUUCAUUGGCACUGUAAACUCUCCUUCAAAGUACAGGCUGUUUGAUAAUACCAGUUUUCCCCAAUUCCUCUAUACAGUGUCAGGAAAGUAUACUUUCUGUCUCUUUAAAAACUCAGUUUUGAGCUUUCCUACCUGCCUCUGGGAAAUAACUAAUCGUGUUCUCCUCUAUUGUAGCUAGAGUGCAUAUGUGUGAGGGACAUGCAGCACUGAACGAAUCGACCAAACAAUCCCUGAAUUUUUUUUUAAUUUUCCAUCAACACUUUCUAUUGUGGAGGUGUUUUUAGAAGGAUCUCUGUGGUGGACAAGGAAAAAAUAUGGGAGUUAGACCCAGUCAGUAAACUAGUAGCUUGCUUGCGGAUAUUUCUGUGGCAAAUAAAAAAACCAGUGUGGGUUUUUCAAUAUUUACAUAGUUAUCCAUGUUUAUUGUUCCACAAGAAGAAUUCCAGCUAAGUAUUCUCAGGGAAAGUAUUGCACGAGUGAUUACAGAAGUUUGUAACCAGGGGAUAAGGUUACAUUACAAAGUCCCCCUGCACACAUACACUUGCCAAAGACCCUUCCUAUUGAAGCUUGCCCCAAUACUCUAGACAAAACAAAAAAGGAAAAUUGCCUUUGAUGCAGUUUGAUAUUCAGGUGGGUUUGUACACCUAUUGUACAUUACCAUGUCUGAUAAGAGACACUGAACUAUGCCUCUUAGAAAGCCACCCAUCUGCUUGAGAUAGUUCACUAGAGGGGAGAAUCUGACAGGAGAAAACUCCAGCCUUCCUCUAGCAUCACAUGGAGGCAAGAGACAAUUACUUCACAGAUAUAUCCAAAAGACUGUGGGUUGGAGCCAACGGUGCCUUCUGCUUACAGAGCAGGGAGCUGUUCUAAUUCUGCUUGGAUUCCCAUUUGAGAGGCAGUUCUCCCAUAUGGUAUCCCCUGCUAUUCAUGAGAGUCUCCUGACCUCAGGAGCAGAUUUUUGAGUGUGUGGAGGCUUGCAGAAAAUGGGAUAAAAUGGGAAGAUCUAUUCUACAAGUAGAAGUCCUGCUUGCAGUUCUUAAGAUGAAAUGCAGUGAGAAUAAAAGCUGUAAGAAAAAGAUAUAAUAUUGUGCAUAGUCCUCAUUUGGAGGCAGACAAGCCGAAGCUAGAGAAAGAGAGAUCCUUAAAUGAUUUUGUUGAACUAAAGAAGAAGGAACCGGAAUAGGAUACAGGAAAAUUAAUUGCUGUGCUAGCAAUUUCAGCAAAAAGCAAUUUCAGCAAAAAGCAGAGACACGCUACUUGGGCUCCAGUGGGUAAACCAAUGUGAGACAUUCCAUAGUCACUGUUCCAUUUAAUGGAAAUCUUAUAAGCUACCUUGAUCAGGAACUUUAACAAAGUAUAUUAAAGGAGUGACGGCAUGCAGUAUUGGAGUAAGGAAAGAUUUUAAGCCAGUUUGUGGAUUAACAGGAUCAAGUCAUUUUUGGAUUCAGCAACAUCAAGUGAUUCUUCUAAAUAAUAUGACUUCAUGUAAAAUUGAGACUGUAUGCAUGAAUGCUUUCCCAAGGGAAGAAAAGCCCCUGCACAAACAGAAAAACAGCAUAUCCGGGAGAAAUCUAGGCUGCACUUGUCUCCACUGUGUGGUAGUUUUAUAUCAGCAAGAAGACUUUAGAAUGGGCAACAGUCAAGAAGACAUUUUGCAUUCUAGAGGAGUACAUUUCAAGAAAAGUUAUGCCAUAUUUCAUUUGAUUGUGAAAACUCACCCAUGUAUCAGAACAAACUUUCAGCAAAACAUGGUGUAAAACAGCUACUACAAAAAAAGUCAGUGACUAUAUCUGAUUCCUUUUGUUAUCUCUUUAGUAAGAAUUAGGCUUUAAGUAUUUUGAGGACUUGUCGUAGAAUCAUAGAGUUGGAAGGGGCCAUACAGACCAUCUAGUCUAACCCCCUGCUCAAUGUAGAUCAGAGCAUCCCUGACAUGUAUUUCUCCAGCUGCUGCUUGAAGACUGCCAGAGAAGGGAAGCUCACCACCUCCCUGUGCAGCUGAUUCCACUGCUGAGCUACUCUCACUGUAAAAAGCUUUUCCCCUAAAGCUUAGUCAGUACUUUUCCACCCAUAAUUUGUACCCAUUAUUGUGAGUACUAUAACAAACAAAUAUAACCAACUUAAGAAUUACACAAAUUUGGUCGCAAUUCCCUGAAAAGCCACCAAUUUUAAUUUAAAUCAAUCUGUGGAGAUUUUUGGUUAUAGUAAAAAUACAUUUGAAGAUUUGUAGUAAAUUUAUAUUUGAAGAGAAAACAGUAUAACUACUUGGUGAUAUCCAAUGCUGAAGUGGUAUGCAAUUAAGUUUUCCUAACUACAGCUACAACUCAUUUCAAGUUACAUGGGAAGAGGAAGCAUGAUUCAUUCCAGACUGUGAUUCUGUUCUACUUUGUUCAACUUCUUUGUUCUAUUUCAGCCCUUCUUUCAGAUGAUUUCUUGUGAAAGCUUGCAUCUGCCAAAUGGACACUUGUUUAUACACCACAAUCUUUGUUAGUGCUUAAGUUACCAUGAGAUUCUUUCAGCCCAAUCCAAAGCUUGAGGCAGCCAGCGAUGGUGGUACUGCUGCACCACCCCACUGCCUCCAGAGGGCUUUCAGAUAGUGCAGGAAGGCAGGGGAAAUGAGGGGGGGGGGGCUGCUGCUGGAAAGUCCUCCGUAGGGCUAAACAGAGCCCUGGGCAUACCUAGUUGCAUCCCAGGAACCCCAGCCUACCUGCCCCCCACAUGUGCCGGCAUCCAAUUAGAUGCCAGCUUAGCUCCACAGCAGCCCUGGCUACCAGAUUUUGGAGCUGAGGGGUAGCUGGCCAACAGCACCCCUGUCCCCUCCAGCAGCAAGGGGAAUCCUCAGCAGAGGAGACAAAUGCAUAGGCCACACCGGCUCCACUACUCAAUUCACCCUUCCCCCCAUAGGAUUGCAAACUUAGCCAUUUAGGAUGCAGCAUGCUAACAUGGAACCUCUGUGGAAUUGGUCUUUAAGAACUUAAAAUACUUCAGCAAGUUUCUUUUGAGGGACUAUGGCUGAAAUCACUACUGUAAUUAAUAACUUCAAAUGGAUUAUUACAUGUGCUUAUUUUUGUAUAAAGAUAUUAUGCAGGUAACUGCAGUAUAGUGUGUUCAGGCUGAAUUGUGAACCAGUAAAUUUCUUGUUGAAAUCUCACUUCCAUUAUGAAUUUACUGGAUGAAUUUAAUACAGCUCAUAUCUUAGCUGUAUUACUAUUAAGCAAUCAAGGCAAUGACUCAUCUUAGUUUUUGAUAAAGUUAUAAAAUGUUGGAGGUUUUGAAGCCAGAAAAAAAGAGGAAGUUUGGGGAAACUAAAAUAUAUGCAAUACUUUUUAAAAUCAAAACUAAGCUUGCUUUAUAGCUUUAACUACAUCGCAUAUCAAAUUUUAUUUGAUAUAUUUUAGAAAUAUAAAUGCCUUAGUUUUCGACAGGCAAAAUUAUGACAGAGCGUGAAAAAAACUGCUGCAUCUUAUGCUAUCUUAGCACAGACAACUUUGUUUUUUGCCAUCUGAGAAGCAGGGAAAGGGUUGAAAAAGAAAACCAUCAUAAGACAAGUGUGGUAUUUGGCCAAAAGAGUCUCAAACGUUCAUAACAGCUAGAAGCAUGUUUGGACAUCAAGUUCAAAUUUGUAACACAGAAAAGACUGAACACUUACUUCAUUAGGGUAAUAUCACCCCACCUAUUGUAGCAUAUUGGUUCUGAUCAAAAUAAGUACAUGUAAACAGCGUAUAUUUGAAAAUGUUUCACAUCUGCCUUAUACACAGGAAUUAGUACCUGUAGAUUGUCUUGUUCCAUUAGAAAAAAUUGAAAAAAGAAUCAUCAGGUGAACAACCUCCCCCUUUCCCCAAAUUGUAUAUCUCUAAACAAUAGAUAUAGGCUCAGUUCAAUUUUAUUGUAUUAUGACUUUAUUAUCAUUAAACUUAAAAAUAGGGUCAGUUUAGACCUACUACCACUGUUUGCAAAGGAUGUUACACCACAUCAUAGCUUAUCACUUCUUCAUUUUUUUCCAUAGCUGAAAGUGCCUCCUGUAAAGGCAGAUCUCAAGAAAAGAAGCAGUCAUGCCAUUUUAACCUAGUACAUAAAUAUUAUCAGUCACGCUAACUUCAUUUGAAUUACACAUUGAAAUAAGCAACUGCCCUAAAUAGUUCUCCUAGUUCUGCUUAGAUUAAUGUAUUACUGGCAAUGGUGUAUGCAACAGAAUCUCUUUGUGCCUUGCCCAAGUUAACGCUCUUGUUUUUAUAUAGCAUCUCAGGCUUCACCAUGUGGGUUGCAUAGCACUUUCUGACUAUGUGCCUUCUAUAUUCCAAUUAAAACAUAUUGGUAGCA